ACGUCUGCUCGAACUUACGAUGAGGUGCUUAAGAGAUGCAAGAAGUACAUUAAUUUAGAAGAAACGGAAGCGGAGUUUGCCAAGCUUGAGGAGGUUGUGAAACCUGAGCAAAGGAAGGGAAGGCCGAGCUCGCCCAGGAGAAGAUCGCCUAGGAAAAGUUCCCCAAAAGGUGGAUCCUUUAAGAAGCUGUCGCCCAGAAGGGAUGGGCGAAAUUCGUUCCGAGAGGGACGAGAAGAUCGCUGGCAAGGACGACCCCGGUUACCAAACGGCCAAAGAUAUAACCAUUUCACUCCGAUCAACGCCCAGGUGGGCGAAGUCUUGGCGGCCAUUGAGGAAAAGUUGGAAAGCAAGGAGGUCACGUGGCCGGCGACGAGGUUCGAGGGACCGACCAAGCCCAGGUCGAAUAAAUACUGCAGAUUCCAUAGGGAUUAUGGGCAUAACACGGAGGAUUGUAGGAACUUGAAAGACGAGAUCGAGCGUCUCAUACGGGCAGGGCACUUGAAAGAAUUCGUCAUCCACAAUCGACCGCGGGGUAAAGAACGGAGAAGGUGCAGGGAGGAUUCGGUGGCAAGGAGUGACAGAGAUGAUGAUAGGGAAGACGACGCUAGAAAAGAGAGAAGGAGAAGACAGAACGAUGAUCGAGAGGAGUUGAGGGGGGAGGUGCUCGUGAAGAGAGGCACAAUUUAUAUGAUCUCAGGAGGGCCCACGGAUGGAGAUUCAAACAAUGCACGAAAGGUGCACGUGCGAGCUGUGAAACGCAAAAGGGAGGAGGUUGGGAUAACUGGUCGAAUGCCAGUGAUCAGCUUUCGAGCAGAAGACGCGGAGGGGAUUUUGUUACCCCACAAUGACGCACUGGUCAUCACGGCAGAAGUGGCAGGUUUCGACGUAAAAAGGGUGUUCACCGACACUGGGAGCUCGGUCGAUGUGAUGUUCUAUGAUUGCUUCGCGCAGAUCAACAAACACUUAAAUCUGGAGCUGAAACCGGUGGCAACAGCCUUAUAUGGUUUUAAUGGAGGGGAGAUGAUGCCAAUGGGCGAAGUAAGCCUGACUGUAGCGUUGGGGUCGG